AUGAGUGGACACCAAAUGAACAUAGAAUCGGGACAACAACAAACCGUGGGAUCCCGAACGGUAAGUGUAGAAGAGGUACCUGCAGUUUUGCAGCUUCGAGCCACGCAAGAAUCUCCAAGGACUCAAGAAGUAAGGUCCACGAGGCACAACGUAAGAUGGGAAGAGAAUGUAAUUGAUAAUGAAAACAUGAAUAAAAAGAAGACCAAGAUUUGUUGUAUUUUUCAUCCACAAGAUGAGGUUGAAGAAGAGUGCAACCACCCGUCAGACCAUAAUGAAUCUUCUUCUUCUUCUUCUUCUUCUUCGGAAUCUGAGAAUGAGAGGGAUCUUGACUUCAACGAACGUAGACAAAGAAGACUGGAAAGACGCCAUCGUAAACUCGAGAAAAAAAGAACUUAUAGCCCCAAUGCCUAUGAAUUCCAACCAGAUUAUUCUGAGUAUAGGCGAAAGCAGCAAGAAAAUAAAGGUUGA